GCUCAGUGUAGAGGAGCCAUUGACGCGUUCGAGUGCAUCUUCCUCACGAAAAAUUUCUUAUCGACGUUCUCGUGCAAUUUGUGAUUAUUUAACAAAGUUCUUAAAAAUAGUGCUUCUUUCAUUAUUACCAUUACCUUCAAUCAGAAGAAUAGAAUAAUUCAUGAAAAUGAAAAUCACCUCAAAAUGUCUUCUUCUGAGCUUUAUGUGCUUUUUCGGUGGUGUGGAGCCUCUCAGGAUACUAUUCAUGGCACCAUUUCCUGUACCAAGUCACUGGUUUUGGUUAAAUUCCAUUGUGGAGGGAUUGCUAGAUAAGGGUCAUGAGGUUACAGCAAUUACCAAUUUUCGUGCAAAGCAACCACACGUCAAUUACACGGAAAUUAUUUUGGAUCCACCUUUUGAUCUCUUAAAAUACUCACCUGAGCAUUUGAUUUACGAGCUAAAGUAUCGGAGUGAUUUUAGCAAUUUAUUUCUAAUCUGGAACGUUGGGCUUCUAUCCACAAAAUACGCGCUUGAACAUCCCAAGGUGGCACAGUUGAUAAGAAGCGAUUCAGAGGAGUUUGACCUGGUGAUAUCAGAGCAAUUUGGUCAGGAAGCCUUCCUUAUGUUUGCCCACAAAUACAACGCACCUCUCGUUACAAUCAGCACAUACGACUUUACGGACUAUCUGGAUCUUAAUGCUGGGUUCCGUGCCCCACUAUCAUUUGUACCUCAUAUUCUUUUGCCCUACACCGACAGUAUGACCUUCACGCAAAGGACCUACAAUUUGUUCUUUACCCUCUUUGAUCGGAUUGUUCGAGGAAUUUUCUAUAUUCCCGCCCAAAAUGCUCUAAUUACGAAAUAUUUUGAACCGUUGGAAAAGAGAAUCGGUCCAUUGCCUACCGUUCAGGAACUUGAGCGAUCUAUUUCGGUGAUACUAUUCAACAGUCACCAGGCUACAUCACCACCGAGGCCGGAAAUGCCGGGAUACGUUAAAAUUGGCGGGAUUCACAUUAAAGAACCGAAAGUUUUACCAUUGGAGAUUAAGGAAUUCCUCGAUCAAGCCACUGAUGGAGUUAUUCUCUUCAGUUUGGGCUCGCAUAUUAAGAGCUCUCAUUUUGAUCCCGGGAAAGUUAGAGCUUUUGUCAGGGUCUUUGGGAAAAUGAAGCAGAGAAUUCUAUGGAAAUACGAGGAGAAUGAUAUCAAAGAUCUUCCUUCGAACGUUUUGCUUCAAAAAUGGAUUCCACAGGUAGAUGUGCUGGCUCACAAAAACGUAAUUCUCUUCAUAAAUCACGGAGGAAUUUUUGGUACUCAGGAGAGCAUCUAUUAUGGCGUCCCAAUGCUCACAAUACCCUUCUAUGGGGAUCAGUUUCGCAAUGCAUACCGAUCGCAGGAAAGAGGUCAUGCCCUUGUCCUCGAAUAUGAUGCAAUUACGGAAGAAAGUGUCUCACAGAAGCUCUGCCAGCUCAUCACAAAUGAGAGCUUUAGAGAAAAUGCCCAGAAGGUAUCUCAUCUAUUUCGAGACAAUCUCGAAAGCCCACUAAAUACAGCCCUCUACUGGAUUGAGUACGUGGGGAGGAAUCAGGGAGCGGAUCACCUAAAAUCAGCCGCGAGGAAUCUCAACUGGUUCCAAUACUUGAUGUUGGAUGUGAUUGGACUGUUUGUGCUUAUUUACCUGAUCAUAGCGACAACUAUGUAUUUUAUGGCUGAGCGAUGGUGCGGGAAAAAGUCCACGGAAAAGGUCAAAAAUGUAUCAAAACAAAAGAAAUCAAACUAGUUAGACGAUUUAUUUUAAUUUUAUUAAAAUAAAUUUGAAAAAUUAAUUAAAUGUUUUUACUUAAAUUUAA